AUGUUUUCGUAUUUGUCGCUCGUUUUGGCACUGUCGCUCCUUUUCAAUUCGUUCAUUGUCAUCGCUGACGCUCAGAAAGGCCCUCCUCCUUACUCGUCUGCACAGUCAGAUGGAGCCCCGACCACACAGGCUGGCCCAGUCGUGCCAGACCGGACUGGUCCUGCGACCACCUUGACCUUCACGCUCAGUCGACCGAACCCUCUCUCGACACCGACCGGCAAGAAUGCCAGCUGCAAGAAUGUCCAGGCCGCUGGCGUCAAAGGCGACGCUCAAAGAGCAGAAGCAAUCAAGAACGCCUUCCGUUACGCUUGGGAUGCGUACGAGAAAUAUGCGUAUGGACUCGAUGAGCUUGAGCCGUUGUCUGCCAAUGGAACCAAUGGUCGCUAUGGCUGGGGUCUGACGAUUGUGGACUCAAUCGAUACUGCCAUCAUUAUGGACUUGCAAGAUGUGGUGGAGAGCAUGCUCAACUUUAUUGCAAAGGUGGACUUUACGACAACGAAAGAGGGACACCCUGUCAAUCUCUUUGAAACCAACAUUCGUUACAUUGGUGGAUUGAUCUCUGCAUAUGACUUGCUUAAGAGCGGUCGGUUCUCGAACGACUACGAUCAGAGCCUGAUCGACGGGCUUCUUGAACAGGCUGCUCGGCUGGCCAACAUAGUGGCCUUGGGAUUCAAUACACCCAGCGGACUCCCCUCAGCCGAAUUGAAUUGGACGACUCGGGCUCCUAUUCCUGGCGAAUACACCGACGAAGCCACCAACACAACUUACAAUUCGACAAACACUGCCUCGUGCGGCACCUUCGUGCUCGACUGGGCAAGGCUCUCCGAUCUGACCGGCAACGAGACGUACAGACGCGUCACAGAGAAAGCGAACAGCUAUCUCGUCAAUCCUUCCCCUCCUCCAGUAUAUCCAGGCUUGGUUGGCACACAAUUCUCAACCGACACAGGCAAAAUGUUAACAUUCGACGGCGGCUGGCAAGCGGGCGUCGACUCAUUCCUCGAAUACCUCAUCAAAGACUACCAAUACAAACCAACUAACACCACAACCGCAUACCGAGACUUCUGGCUCCAAGCCGUCCAAUCCACCAUCGAAAACAUCGCCGUCCACCCCUUCGGCUUGCCGGAUCUCACCUUCAUCUCCUACCUCGACGUCAACGGCACAAUCCGCUACUUCGCCGACGACUUCUCCUGCUUCGCAGGAGGAAACUACCUCCUCGGCGGCGCCCUCCUCGACGUCCCCGAAAUCAGCGCCCUAGGCAUAGCAUACACCGACGGCUGCCACCAAACCUACAACACCACCACCACGGGCCUCGGACCCCUCGCCUGGGCGUGGUUCAACGAGUCCGGCCAGGCCUACGACCCUACAGAUGAGAACGACGCAGCGGCGUUGAAGUCCGCCGCGAAGAGAGGCUUCUGGAUCCCCGCCCGUGUCGAGAACUGGUUCUCCCGCCCGGAACCUCUCGAGAGUAUCUUCUAUGCGCACAGGAUCACGGGGGAUCCGCGGUGGGCGGAGUACAACUGGGAGAUUUUCCGGGCGAUCAACGAGACGUCGAGGAAUCGGAUUGCGUUUGCGGCGGUGAAUAAUGUGGAUAUGCCGGAUGGGGGGAGUAUGAGUGAUGCGUUGGAUUCGUUCUUCUUUGCGGAGGUGCUCAAGUAUCUUUACUUGACGUUUACGGAGCCGGAUGUCAUUGAUUUGAGCGAGUGGGUGUUUAAUACGGAGGCUCAUCCGUUCCUUGCGGUUUGUGCUGGUGGUCAUGGCAACACUACAUCAGCGGGAGGAAGUGGUCGAUCAAGCAACGCGAUGAUCUGA